AUGGCGGACCGCAGCCUGGAGAGCGUGUCCCUGCCGCUGGAGGUGCGGGCCCGGCUGGCCGAGCUGGAGCUGGAGCUCUCCGAAGGUGACAUCACACAGAAGGGAUAUGAAAAGAAGAGAUCAAAAUUAAUUGGGGCUUACCUGCCACAGCCUCCCGCAGCGAAUGGAGCUGCCGCGGUACGGUGUAGACUGCAACACAGUGAAGGAGCUGCCAGAAGAAUGCUCCGCACUGCCAACAUUGGUGUCUGUGACAUCCGGGAAGCGGCCGCUAGAGAGAGAGCAGCCAGCACAGCAGGAAACCGGCCUCUCUUUUAUUUUCGUUUUGGGGUGGACCAGGCAUUACCACAAGAACGUCGAACUCCUGUCACUCCAUCCUCUUCGUCUCGGUACCACCGUCGCAGGUCCUCAGGGUCACGGGAUGAGCGCUACAGAUCGGAUGUCCACACAGAAGCAGUGCAGGCAGCCCUUGCUAAACAUAAAGAAAGGAAAAUGGCAGUCCCCAUGCCCUCAAAACGACGUUCAUUGGUGGUGCAAACAUCAAUGGAUGCCUACACACCUCCAGAUACUUCUUCUGGUUCAGAAGACGAAGGCUCCGUACAGGGUGACUCCCAGGGAACUCCUACAUCAAGCCAGGGGAGUAUAAACAUGGAACAUUGGAUCAGUCAAGCGAUCCACGGCUCUACCACAUCAACCACUUCCUCCUCCUCGACACAAAGUGGAGGCAGUGGUGCUGCACACAGACUAGCUGAUGUUAUGGCUCAAACACAUAUAGAAAACCAUUCUGCCCCUCCAGAUGUUACCACUUACACUUCAGAGCACUCAAUACAAGUAGAAAGACCACAAGGAUCAACGGCACGGGUGGCACCAAAGUAUGGCAAUGCUGAGCUUAUGGAGACUGGUGAUGGAGUACCAGUGAGCAGCAGAGUGUCAGCAAAGAUUCAGCAGCUGGUCAAUACACUAAAACGGCCCAAACGACCACCAUUACGAGAGUUCUUUGUAGAUGACUUUGAGGAAUUGUUAGAAGUUCAACAGCCAGAUCCAAACCAGCCAAAGCCAGAAGGAGCUCAGAUGUUGGCUAUGCGUGGGGAGCAGUUAGGUGUGGUUACAAACUGGCCACCUUCCCUGGAAGCAGCCUUGCAGCGAUGGGGGACCAUCUCACCAAAAGCUCCUUGCCUAACCACUAUGGAUACCAAUGGAAAACCACUGUAUAUUCUCACUUAUGGCAAACUCUGGACCAGAAGUAUGAAGGUUGCUUACAAUAUACUACAUAAAUUAGGCACAAAACAAGAACCAAUGGUACGACCUGGAGACAGGGUAACACUUGUGUUUCCUAACAAUGAUCCUGCUGCUUUCAUGGUGGCAUUUUAUGGCUGCCUGCUUGCGGAAGUUGUCCCCGUCCCUAUUGAAGUGCCACUUACAAGAAAGGAUGCAGGAAGUCAACAAAUAGGCUUUUUGCUUGGAAGCUGUGGAGUUACUGUGGCCUUGACCAGUGAUGCAUGCCAUAAAGGACUGCCUAAAAGCCCCACAGGGGAGAUACCACAGUUUAAAGGCUGGCCAAAGCUGCUGUGGUUUGUCACAGAAUCUAAGCACCUCUCCAAGCCACCUCGUGACUGGUUCCCACACAUCAAGGAUGCCAACAAUGACACAGCUUACAUUGAGUACAAAACUUGUAAAGAUGGAAGUGUGCUUGGGGUCACUGUAACAAGGAUUGCAUUGCUGACACACUGCCAAGCUCUGACCCAGGCAUGUGGCUACACAGAAGCUGAAACAAUUGUGAAUGUACUAGAUUUCAAAAAGGAUGUUGGUUUAUGGCAUGGAAUUCUUACAAGUGUCAUGAACAUGAUGCAUGUUAUAAGUAUUCCAUACUCCUUAAUGAAAGUGAAUCCACUGUCAUGGAUACAGAAAGUCUGUCAAUACAAAGCAAAAGUUGCCUGUGUGAAGUCCAGGGACAUGCACUGGGCAUUGGUGGCACAUCGAGAUCAGAGGGACAUCAACCUGUCCUCCCUGAGGAUGCUGAUAGUGGCUGAUGGUGCAAAUCCAUGGUCCAUUUCUUCCUGUGAUGCAUUUCUCAAUGUCUUCCAAAGUAAAGGUCUAAGGCAGGAGGUAAUUUGUCCCUGUGCCAGUUCACCAGAAGCUCUCACUGUGGCUAUUCGAAGGCCAACAGAUGACAGCAACCAGCCACCAGGAAGAGGGGUUCUCUCCAUGCAUGGUCUCACUUAUGGAGUGAUUCGAGUGGACUCUGAAGAAAAGCUGUCCGUCCUGACUGUCCAGGAUGUUGGCUUAGUGAUGCCAGGAGCUAUAAUGUGUUCAGUGAAGCCAGAUGGAAUCCCUCAGCUCUGUAAAACAGAUGAAAUAGGAGAACUCUGUGUAUGUGCUAUUGCAACGGGUACAUCAUAUUAUGGACUCUCGGGCAUGACCAAAAAUACUUUUGAGGUGUUCCCUAUGACCAGUUCUGGUGGCCCUAUCACCGAAUAUCCUUUUAUAAGAACUGGACUUCUAGGCUUUAUAGGACCAGGUGGACUUGUCUUCGUUAUUGGCAAAAUGGAUGGUUUGAUGGUUGUCAGUGGAAGAAGACAUAAUGCUGAUGACAUUGUAGCAACAGCACUGGCUGUGGAACCCAUGAAAUUUGUCUACCGGGGGAGAAUAGCAGUGUUUUCCGUGAGCGUGCUGCAUGAUGAAAGGAUAGUUAUUGUUGCUGAGCAAAGGCCAGAUUCCACAGAAGAAGACAGUUUCCAGUGGAUGAGUAGAGUUCUCCAGGCAAUUGACAGCAUUCAUCAAGUGGGAGUCUACUGCCUAGCACUUGUCCCAGCAAACACGCUUCCCAAGACACCGCUGGGAGGGAUUCACCUGUCAGAAACCAAACAGCUCUUCCUGGAAGGAUCUCUGCAUCCUUGUAACGUGCUGAUGUGUCCCCAUACCUGUGUAACAAACCUGCCUAAACCAAGGCAAAAGCAACCAGAAAUUGGCCCUGCCUCUGUGAUGGUGGGGAACUUGGUCUCUGGAAAAAGAAUUGCACAGGCCAGCGGUAGAGAUUUGGGGCAGAUAGAAGAUAAUGACCAGGCCAGAAAGUUCCUGUUCCUGUCGGAAGUGUUGCAGUGGAGAGCUCAGACCACACCUGACCACGUGCUCUACACCCUGCUCAACUGCAGGGGAACAAUAGCCAACUCACUGACAUGUGUCCAGCUACAUAAAAGAGCUGAGAAGAUAGCUGUCAUGCUGACGGAGAGGGGACAUUUACAGGAUGGAGACCAUGUGGCUUUGGUUUACCCACCAGGGAUAGACCUGAUUGCGGCGUUUUACGGCUGCCUGUACGCAGGCUGUGUGCCAAUAACAGUGCGACCUCCACACCCCCAGAACAUUGCCACCACGUUACCCACAGUGAAGAUGAUUGUGGAGGUGAGCCGCUCUGCCUGCUUAAUGACUACGCAGUUAAUAUGUAAAUUGCUACGGUCGCGAGAGGCGGCAGCAGCAGUGGAUAUCAGGACAUGGCCUCCAGUCCUAGAUACAGAUGAUUUGCCAAAGAAGCGGCCUGCACAGAUCUACAAACCUUCUAACCCUGAAACACUUGCUUACCUUGACUUCAGUGUCUCCACCACUGGCAUGCUGGCAGGGGUAAAGAUGUCUCAUGCAGCCACUAGUGCCUUUUGUCGUUCUAUUAAGCUGCAGUGUGAGCUUUAUCCCUCCCGGGAAGUCGCGAUCUGCUUGGACCCCUACUGUGGACUUGGGUUUGUCCUCUGGUGCCUCUGCAGCGUUUAUUCAGGACACCAGUCUAUUCUGAUUCCUCCCUCAGAACUGGAGACCAAUCCUGCCCUUUGGCUUCUUGCCGUGAGUCAGUACAAAGUGAGAGACACUUUUUGUUCCUAUUCAGUCAUGGAGCUCUGUACUAAGGGACUCGGUUCGCAAACAGAGUCGCUGAAGGCAAGGGGACUGGACCUUUCACGUGUACGGACAUGUGUAGUAGUGGCUGAAGAACGACCUCGGAUAGCUCUUACUCAGUCAUUUUCAAAGUUAUUUAAAGACCUGGGUCUCCAUCCACGGGCUGUCAGCACAUCACUUGGCUGUAGAGUUAACCUGGCAAUAUGUUUGCAGCCUCACAGGCUGGGGAAGCUGGCCGAGCAGGGAACAUCUGGACCAGAUCCCACCACAGUGUAUGUUGAUAUGAGGGCACUGAGGCAUGACAGAGUUCGUUUGGUUGAAAGAGGAUCUCCACAUAGUUUGCCUCUUAUGGAGUCUGGAAAAAUCCUCCCAGGAGUACGUAUCAUUAUUGCUAAUCCAGAAACAAAGGGACCCCUAGGAGAUUCUCAUCUUGGUGAGAUAUGGGUUCACAGCACUCACAACGCCAGUGGGUAUUUUACCAUCUAUGGAGAUGAAUCUUUGCAAUCAGAUCAUUUUAACUCAAGACUCAGCUUUGGAGAUACACAGACUAUUUGGGCAAGAACUGGUUAUCUGGGGUUCCUGAGAAGAACAGAACUCACAGAUGCAAAUGGAGAACGUCAUGAUGCACUUUAUGUGGUGGGUGCAUUAGAUGAAGCCAUGGAAUUGCGAGGGAUGAGGUACCAUCCAAUCGAUAUUGAAACCUCUGUAAUUAGAGCACACAAGAGCAUCACAGAAUGUGCGGUGUUUACCUGGACAAAUUUAUUGGUCGUUGUAGUUGAGCUGGAUGGAUCUGAGCAAGAAGCUUUGGACCUUGUUCCUUUGGUCACCAACGUGGUCCUGGAGGAACACUAUCUUAUUGUAGGGGUGGUGGUGGUUGUGGACAUUGGUGUAAUUCCUAUCAACUCCCGUGGAGAGAAACAACGUAUGCACCUACGAGAUGGAUUUUUGGCAGACCAGCUAGAUCCCAUCUAUGUGGCCUACAACAUGUAGUCUUGUACUUUAAAGCUUCCAUGGACUUUAUUAUAGAUGUAUAAAAUUUUUUUGUGUCCACUAAAAAAGUGUGCAGAUAAGAUGCUGACACUCAUCAGAAUGGAACUGUUUCUAUUAUGACUUUUCAAAGCAGUCACGAUUGGCAGGAAAUAUAAUGUGAAAUGUUUUCUUUUACCACUAAAUUUUAGAAAAGAAGGACUAUGGGGUAAAGCCCUUCAGUGUGUUGGAAAAGCCCAUUUUAAACUUUUUUUUUUUUUUUUUUUUUUGCUUAUUGGACAAUACUGCUUUUUGAGUAAAUGUGGCUUUGUAUUUUACAUUAAGUAAGCUGAAGUAGAUUUUUUUUUUUAUUCUGCCCUCCAAAUGGAUUCUUUUUAAAAAUUUGCAUACUAGUACAAAUAGUUGUUUCCUUCAUUUUAAUACAUCAUAAAAAGCUGAUGAAUACAGAUCCAUUACUAACUUAAGCCAUUUUAGAUCCCACAUCCUAGGAAAAUAUGUAGUGGUACGAGGAGAAAACCCAAAGUAGCACCUUUCAAUUAGAAAUCUUGCAGCUUUCUGUCAGAGAUGCUGAAAGCCCAAAGGCCAAAGAGCCUUUGAUGUUAGUGUUAGAAUGGAAUAAAUUUAUAAAUAAGGUGUAUUUCGGCAAUGAGCUUGCAAAUAUCUUUGUACUAAACUAAAAAGAUAAAAUAAGUUAACUACUUCUUCUGUAAUUAUGUACAAAACGUUUAAUUUAUUUUGAUCUCUUUAGAAGUAUAAAAGAGAAGAAACAUUCAAGAAUAUUAAACUCUUGAAAUGUU